AUGGGAAAAGAGUAUUCGAAGCUGAAAAACGAUUCAUUCGGAAUAUCAGCAGAAGAAAAGAAACUGUUCAUAGAUUCAUGGACAAUUCUGCGAACAAAUCCUGGCUACUACGGUGUCUGCUUAUUCAUAAUAUUCUUCGAAAAGUUUCCGGAGCACAAAUCCUACUAUUCAAGAAUCAAAUUCGACGAGAUUCCCGAUCUCAGAGCGUACCCAGAUCUAACAUUGCACGGUCUUCGAGUGAUGCGGCAAUUUUCUACCAUUGCCGAGUACAUUGAUAAACCCGAGAUGCUGGUGCAGACCCUUUACCAGCACACGAUGUCCCACCAGAAACGAAAGAUCACGGUGAAGGCCUACGACGAUAUGAGGAAGUGCAUACUUAUGCUGCUAACCAAUAAGCUGAACGCCUCCGGUGAAGUUCUUCUAGCCUGGAACAAAAUCCUAACUACUCUGUUUAAAAUCAUUACCGACAUGAACGCGGAAUUGCAAUUGGAUACUUUAGAUAUAGAUGGAGAAUGGGCUGCGGGACGUUUGUUAUAA